UCGUCGACGUUAGACCGAUUUGAAAAAAUGAGACUGAUCAUCGCCCUUUGCCUUUUCGCCGUAGCGGCCGCGGCGCCCGCCACUAACGCCCCGGACUACGACGGCAGAUAUUACAACAAGUACAAUGACGUCCAACUCCUCCGUUACGAGAGCGACAACAUCGGUACAGGACCUUUCCGUUACGCUUGGGAGCAAUCUGACGGCCAAAGGGCGGAAGCUAGCGGUCAGCUCAAGAACGAAGGUCGCGAGGACGAGGCCCUCGUGAUCGUAGGGUCUUACUCCUGGGUCGGCCCCGACGGCGUCACCUACAUCGUCAGAUACACCGCUGACGAGAACGGAUACCAGCCCGAAAUCGAGGAGGGACCAGGUGGUGCCAUCCCCUCCGCUGUCCUCGCUAGCCUCGCCGGUUAAACCGUCCUCAGCCUGAACAAUUGAACUUCGCAUCGGUUGAACCAUUUUCAGCCUCAUCGGUUGAACCAUCUUCAGCCUCACUCAUCGGUUAAACCAUCUUAUGCCGCAUCGGUUGAAACAUCCUAGUCUACAAUGAUUCCC